AUGUCUUUACCAUUCUUGGCUAAACGUACUUUCUCAACUUCAAUCCCAAAUCUUUACAAAGUCACCGUCCUUGGUGCAUGUGGUGGUAUAGGACAACCAUUAUCUUUACUUUUAAAACUAAACAAUAAAGUAACAGAUUUAAGAUUGUACGAUAUCAAAAAUGCUAAAGGUGUAGCCACAGAUUUGUCUCAUAUUCCUACUGCUUCCAAAGUUAAUGGUUAUUCAGCCGAUGAAAACAGUGGCCUUGCAAACUCCCUAGACAGUACAGAUUUAAUCGUUAUUCCAGCGGGCAUACCAAGAAAACCGGGUAUGACAAGGGAUGAUCUAUUCAAUAUUAAUGCUAAGAUCGUACACGACUUGGCCGUGGCGUCCGCUAAACAUGCCCCAAAUGCUGCAGUCCUUGUCAUUUCAAAUCCAAUUAAUUCAACUGUCCCUAUCGUCGCAAAAGUUUUACAAAAGAAUGGCACUUACAAUCCUAAAAAAUUAUUCGGGGUCACUACUUUAGAUUCAAUUAGAGCAUCCACUUUCAUCUCUGAAAUUGUUAAGACAGAUCCUACUAAUGAAAAAGUUAAUAUUAUCGGUGGUCAUUCGGGAAUAACAAUCAUCCCAGUACUCUCUCAAACUUCAUAUUAUAACCGUCUAUCUGAUGAUGAAAAGACAAAUUUGAUCAACAGAAUCCAAUUUGGCGGGGAUGAAGUGGUCAAGGCAAAGAAUGGCGCUGGUUCUGCUACUUUAUCAAUGGCUUACGCAGGUUCAAGAUUCGCUAAUGCAGUAUUAGACGGUUUUGAAGGUAAACAAAACGUCGUUGAAGCCUCAUUCGUGGAUUCUCCAUUAUUUAAAGAUGAAGGUAUCGAUUUCUUUGCCACCAAUGUUACAUUGGGCACUGAUGGUAUUGAAAAGAUUCAUGAUUUUGGUGAACUUCAACCCGAAGAAAUUUCAUUGUUAGAGAAUUGUAAAGAAACUUUGAAGAAAAACAUCAAGAAAGGUUACGAAUUCGUUGAAUCAAAUUGA